AUGACCAAGAAACGGAAAGAGAAGGAGCCGCAGUGCGAGCGCGAGCUGGGGAAGUCAAUUCUGCCAUUUUCAAGGGUGCAGAAGAUAAUCAAAGCGGACAAGGAACUUCCAAUAGUUGCACGCGACGCGACUUUCUUAAUCUCACUUGCCACCGAGGAGUUCAUCAGAAGACUUUCAGAGGCAUGCCAGAAGCUUGCGGAGCGGGAGAAGCGAGCAACUGUGCAGCAGAAGGACGUUGCAAGUGUAGUGCGGCGAGCAGAGGAAUUCAUGUUCCUCGAGGAGAUCAUCGCUUUUCACCGCACAGAACCUCCACAGAAACGCAAACCUAAAGCAUUACAGAAUGCGGACAGCCAGAGUGAACCAACGAUGCUUGAUAGGUUUGUUACUAAAGGAGAGGAGAGUCAAGAUCUAGAUAAUACACACCCUGCGGAUGUUGUCAUGGACGAUGAUGGGACAAUGUAUGCAGGAUAA